UAGAACUUGUCAUGCACAGGCUCCCGCGGGGAUCCCGGGCGCUGCGUGGCCCCGGACACCGGGCCGGAGCCUGAAGCGGCCCUGGGCGCCCGGGACUGAGGGAGGGUGGCGGGAGGCUGCACAGCGGGAAAGGCUUUUCGGACUGGGAGCUGGCUGCCGGCUCGCCCAGCCUCGGGCCCGCGUAACUUCUCCGCAGGAGAGAGCGGCAGCGGCGGCGGCGGUGGCAGCCUGCGGCGGAGACCGGGCGGGACGGACGGCCGGACGGAGGGCCGGGCGCAGGAGGACGGAGGACAAGCGGGAGCAAGGGCUGCUGCCCCGACCUGCUUUCGGCUACCGUCGGAGCCUGCUCCCCCUCCCCGCUCGGUAGCCCCCCAACCUCCGCCCCGGAGGAAGCCCCCGGUGCCCGGGCAUCCCCUGUGGGGCUGCGCCCAGGGCAGGCAGCGACGGCGUAGCCGGCCCGGGGGCGCUGCAGGGAGCGGGUCCUCAGUGCCGGGCUCUGCCGCGCCGCCCCCCCUUGCCCCCUCCCCGCGGCCGGGGGGCGCUGGCCCAGGCAGUCCCCGGCAGCUCCGCGGAGCCCGGCUCCGCCGCGCUGCCCCCGGGCUAUGAAUAAAGCCGAGGCGGCCGGGGGGACAGGUACAGGUGCCCGUCUCCUGCGCGCAGGGCUACGCCGACGUCCCAGCCCGCCUCCUCCAGCGGGAGGGAAACAAAGACGGCGAGAGAGACAGGGAGAGUUGCCUGUAAGUUUAGCGCCUUUCAGUCUUGACUCGCGGAGAUAAAUGAUAGUUUGGAGGUGCGCGCAGUUAAUCACCGCCACGGCUGCCGUACAGCGUGUGCAACCCGCAGAUCAUUAGGUUAAAUGGAGGACAUUCGUGUCCUUCCAGAAUCAAUGCAAUUAUUGUUGGCAACAAGGACAACAAUUGGAGUGGCAGCACUAAUUUUACUAACCUGCUAUUAAUUAUGGUGUCCCCCACGCCCCAGAUGGCUUUUAUAACCCGUGGAAGCAAGCGGUGCUGGCUGCUUCUGUUUUAAAACGGGAAAAGUUGGAAGUGGAGUGCCUGGUCGUGUUGGAAAGUGUUAAUCAGUAGGAAAGAGUGUGAUCAGUGGAACUAUUCACUUGAGCGUCACUCUGGUACAGGGGGUUAGUGAAGUGGCUGUGGCGCCUGGGGACCGAAGGCUCCGUGCCGCGCCGCGCAGGUACCGCGCACUGAGACAUGCCUGCGUUAGCUCCCCGCAGCUCCCUGCCACGCCAGCCAGCGCAGACCAGAGGAGAGAAACCCUGCCAUGGCACAGCCAUCGCUACCAGGUUUUAGCCGAAGCCGGGCGUGAUCGCAGCACCGGUGAGUUUUAUUCCGGAGCUUAAACAAACAUCCCCCAGCGCAAUGGGCACAGGAGGCAGAGGGAGCAGCGCAGAAGACUGCGUGCAGACCAUUGUGUAAAUACUGGGUGUCUUUUCCUCCCAAACAAUGCAAUAGUCCGUCAGCACGCCACACAGAAGGAAGCUGCUGGUAAAGAGUCACUAAAAGUAUCAUUAUACCUUGGCAGCACCGGGGUAUAAUGCAGGAGGAGGAAUAGAGAAGCGCUUCUAUAAAAGAAACCCAAUGGCAAAGUUAUUAAUAUUCUCAGAAAUAAAAAGAAAUUAGCAUUUCAGGUGAGGAAAGAAAAGGCACUUUCUUCCCAUCCAAAAAUCAAUACAGAAUUCCAAACCGAUUAUUUAUGUCAUUUGAUUCCCUUUCUUUAUAUGUUUCUCCCGGCUACAGAUACUGAGCUGUCAGGAUAAUUUGCAUGUACCGUAUCUGAUAUCUUUUAUUUGCAAACACUCUAAAGCGCCAUAAAACGCCUCUCGUUGUAGUCUAACUCAAUCUGAGAACUAGUAUUUUCAUCUGUAAAUUAAAGCAAUUACGCAGCAGAUAUUAUAUUAUGUGUACUGUGGUCUCCAGAUAGUCAUCAAUCACCCUCAAUCGAGCUGUCAGUGUGGGCAGAUUCGUUUCUGGGAGGCAGUCUUCCAGCUGGGGAGAAGAAGAGAAUAUCAUCAUUAAUUAGAGUGUGACCCUGGGGCUAUUCACAUGUCUGAACCCAGGAAUCUCUCUGAGCAAGUCUGCACACCAUGGAGCAGCGUUCGACUGCACCAGCAGCCCAGCUUCAGCCUCGGAGCUGACUCCUCCGCUUCCUCCAUCCUCCCGGGGGCUGCCUGCUUGCCCUGCCUCGGUGGUACCGGCCGUCGGGGGAGAGGCGCUGGGGCUGCCAGCAUCUUCCCCCGAAGACCCGGUACCUGCUCCCUCCGAGCGUGAAGCAGAGGGGGGUUGCUGCCUGCUUGUGGGGGGGCGGGUCCCAGACCCCCAGAGGGUAGGGAGGCUGAUAGCAGCGGUGGGAUGGGUUGGGUAGAAGAGGAUGUUGGAAGUUUGAGAUGGGAUCAAAGUCGUUUAAACCUGAAAAGUCACAUCUUUUCCAUCAUUCCCCGGAAAACGCUUGUAGGGUUUUCUACCUGUAACCACACGCCUGAAAUAAAAGCCGAAAAGAAAAGCAGAAGUGCUUAUCAUGUGCUUUAUUGUCAGCGUUAGCGCUAAUUUUAACUGUUGAUUAAAUCUUAAAUGAAGACUCAGUCGUGUGUCCCUUCAUAUGUCUUGUUUGUAAUUGAGACUAAUUAUUACUGUGGGGUGGGAAGAAGCAGCUGCUCAUUAAUUAAUUUCUAAUUAAAAGUGCUUACUAGCCUUUCAGUGACUAAGGAGGGUGGGGAAAAUAGCUGAUACAACAUUGAUCCUUCAGAUUAAAAACAUUCAUUUCCUUCCCUUGCCCGCAGAAAUAUAUACGUGUUGCAAGCAGGCGUUGCCGCUACCGGAGAGCUUCCCAAACUUUCGCCCCUGUUAGGCAGGCUGAAGGCCGUGCUGGAGAGUCUAUUUUCCAUUCCAGGGGAAAGGUUCCCGAAAAUGAGUGUUAAACUUACAGGCAGGUUAAUUUGAGUAGGUUUUGCGUGACGUCAGGGGCUCGGCUCUUUUAAAACAACGUGCUUGUGAGCUGAUGCAUUUGUAUCACUUUUCUUCUUUCCACCUUUUAUUUUUCCCCGGGUGCAAAGUAUUUAUUUUUGCCGUCACCUUUGCCAGCCUUGGAGCCUACAUGUAACAAUUAUUUCUGUGUCGUAGUUGUAGGGGGAAGGUGCUAAAAUCGCCGUACAUAAUUAAAAGAAAAGUUUAAGUUUUCAUGUAAAUAAAUUAAAUGUGGUUUUCUGCUUCGUCCUAUAAGCAUCUAGGGACCUGUGGUUACCAAUCAAUUGGUACAACAGAGCACAGCCAGGCUGCAAUAGCGUGCAGAUCAGACGUCUCGCCUUGUUUCUAGAUAACUGGGAGCCUCUGUACCAUGUCCUAUCCUCAGUUUGGCUACCCUUACUCCUCUGCACCCCAGUUCCUGAUGAGCACCAACUCCCUGACAACCUGCUGCGAGUCCAGCAGCCGGACUCUGGCUGAGACGGGGGCGGCCGCCUCCGCCCAGACCCCCGUGUACUGCCCGGUGUACGAGAGCCGCCUGCUCGCUACCGCCCGACACGAGCUCAACUCCGCCGCCGCCCUGGGGGUCUACGGCGGGCCCUACGCCGGGCCCCAGGGCUAUGGAAACUACGUGACCUACGGUACCGAGGCUCCCGCCUUCUACUCCUUGAACAGUUUGGAUGCCAAGGACGGGAGCGGCUCUGCGCAUGCGGGCAUUGCCCCGGCGGCUGCCUACUACCCCUACGAUCACACCCUCAGCCAGUACCAGUACGACAGGUACGGGACGAUGGACGGCGGGACGCGGAGAAAAAACGCCACCCGAGAGACGACCAGCACGCUGAAGGCCUGGCUGCAGGAACAUCGCAAGAACCCCUACCCCACCAAGGGCGAGAAGAUCAUGCUGGCCAUCAUCACCAAGAUGACCCUCACCCAGGUCUCCACCUGGUUCGCCAACGCCCGCCGGCGGCUCAAGAAGGAGAACAAGAUGACCUGGCCCCCGCGGAACAAGUGCUCUGACGAGAAGCGGCCCUAUGAGGAAGAGGAGGAGGAGGAGGAGGAGGAGGGUUCGCAGGAAGAGGCGAUGAAGAGCGGGAAAGCCGAGGAACCCACGGGCAAGGAAGAGAAGGAGCUGGAGCUCAGCGACCUGGAGGACUUGGACGCCGCCGAGUCGGAGAGCUCGGAGUGCGAGCUGAGGCGGCCCUUCCCGCACACGCUCCCGCAUCCGCACCCGCUCCCGCUCCCGGGCGGCAGCCACCCGCCGCGGGCCGCCGAGCCCCCCGCCAAGAUGCCGCCGCCGGCCGCCGCUGGGGAGGAGGAGGAGGAGGAGGCGGCGGCGGCGGCGGCAGAGCGGGCGCGGAGCUGCCUGAAGACGGCGGCGGAGGAGUGCGGCCCCGACCCGCUGGGCGCUCGGCAGCGCGGCUGCGAGUCCAAGAUGUGCUUCCAGCAGGGGCAGCAGCUGCUGGAGGCGAAGCCCAGGAUUUGGUCCCUGGCGCACACAGCCACCUCCCUCAACCAGGCCGAGUACCCCUCCUGCAUGCUGAAACGGCCGGGGGGCUCGGUCGCCGCCGCCGCUCCCGCCCCGGUCAGCGUCAUCGACAGGCACCAGGAUUCGCCGGUCACCAACCUCAGGAACUGGGUGGACGGGGUGUUUCACGACCCCCUGUUCAGGCACAGUACUUUAAACCAAGCCCUGAGCAACACAACAGUUUCCUGGGCUACCACCAAAGGAGCCAUUCUGGAAACGGGCGCCUUGGGACGCGCGGUGGGGAACGGCGCCAACGUGCUCAAGGGGCAGCUCUCAAACCUGGCCCACCAUGACUCAAACAAAGAGUUUCUGGCGUUUCCCAAAUCAGGAAGCAAAAUGUUUUGUUCCUAACAGGCCCGCCGAGGGGCAAAAGACUUUCUAACGCUUAAAGAGUCAGCUACACUGAAAAGAGACUUGCAAGAGUUUAAAUUUAAAUAUAAAACUUUUUCUUCCUUUUUUUUUUUUUUAAACAAACAACAUAAACCAGGAUUUAAAGUUCAGUUUGCUCAGUUCAACGGAAAGACUUUGCUCAUUGCUGUUCUGAACAUUUUCUCCUGGCUGCGACUUUAAGGGAUCAAUGUCGUGAAAGUUAUUUAAUUCCAUGUCCAAAAAGCACGUACUAUAGUGUAGACCUACUUAAAAAGUUUACAUCCGAAAGUUUACAAACGGGAAAUUUUAAUUCAGAUUUAAUUUAAGGCAUGCCGACAUUAGUUAUAAAGACUUUUCGAGAGUUUUUCCUCCUGAUUUCCUUGUUAGCAUAUAAUUCACAAACAGCACUUCUACUAAGUUUACACCUACUGCACAAAUUUAUCUUGACAAAAAAAAAAUGUUAAAAGGUAUGCUCACUCCAAUAAAUUGUCUGUUUCAGAGGUAA